AUGGAAGCCUUCAAGUCCCAAAACAACCUGGCUCACAGGGAGAAACCUGACGGGGGGCCAGUUUCUGUCACUAUCCCAGCCUCUCCCUUCAUGCAGAAGCUUGGAUAUGGCACUGGGGUCAGCGUCUACUUGAUGAGAAGAUCUCCCAGAGGUUUGUCUCACUCCCCUUGGGCUAUAAAGAAAAUUAAUUCCAAAUGCAACAGGAGCCAGCAAAGCAUCUAUCAGCAGAGACUGAACAAAGAAGCCGAGAUUUUGGAAAACCUCCAGCACCCAAACAUUGUGGGUUACCGCGCGUUUACCGAGGCCAACGAUGGAAGUAUGUGUCUGGCCAUGGAGUACGGAGGAGAAAAAUCUCUCGGUGACUUGCUUGAAGACAGACGUGCAGAACGGUUGGGCCCUUUCCCUGCUGCCACCAUUUUCAAAGUUGCCUUGAGCAUGGCGAGGGGGCUGAAG